AUGUUCAGUUCGCUAGGGACCAAGAUAGCCCUCCGGAAAGCCGGAUUAGGCAAUGUCAAGCUCCCAAAGACCGACGACUUGUUUGGUAGUGGGAACACCAAGAAGGGGAGCACCAACGGCGCCGAUGGAGGAGACACAGGCUUCGCCAACCCCUUCGCAAACGUACAAUGGGGCGUACCAAAAGCCCUACAAUCUUGGACAACGCCUCCACCGCCCCAGACCCCGGUGCGCAAGCCACCAAACAUUGGAGAUCGAGCACAAACACACACGAAGCUGCAAUUCCCAACGGCCGACGGACGGCCGACUAUACUGCUGUUCCUAAGGUUCUGCGGGUGUCCUUUCUCCGAGAAGCUCUUCCUCUCGCUCCGAACCCUCGCGAACCGCCAUACUUCGAUCCACUUCGUCGCAAUUUCCCACUGCACACCCGCUGCAACCACAGAAUGGCUCAAGAAACUCGGUGGAGCCUGGAACGUAGAUGUAGUAGUGGAUCAAGACCGGGAACUAUACGCGCUAUGGGGUCUAGGCAUAGCUACUUGGGGCCAUGUGCUGCAUCCUAGGAAUGGCUACAAUCAGGUCAUGCUCCGGAAGAAUGAGGGUGUCUGGGGACAACAGGUUGGAGAAGGAGCAUGUCGAUGGCAGAUUGGCGGAGCAUAUGCAGUCGAUGGGAGGGGUGUUGUUACAUGGGGUUCACCGAUGCAGUCAGUAGACGAGGCGAUACCAUUCGAACACGGCGUAAUGUCACUUGGAUAUGGAGAGACGCAUAGACUGGGACUGUGA